AAGAAUUUGUUUUACGAUAAUUUAAUUAUUUUAAUUAAUUAUUUAAUUUAUUUAAGAGAAAAAAAUCAAAAUUAAACAGUUUCAGAUAAACAGCUGAUCGUGAGAGGUUAUAUUUUGACAAGCUCUAUAAAUAGACUGACAAGAAUUAGAUCUAAACAACUUUUUAAGAUUUUGGAGCGUAAUUAAAAUAAAUAGGAUUAACAAAUUUUAUUUUAUUGAUAAUGGACAUCGAUGUACACCCGCUUACGGAUAAUCCGACAGAAGCUUGGUUAGAAUUGUCCCAGCACCAGAAAGUUAUUAAAAUAAACGCUAAACCACCUGCAGCUGAUGCGCCUACGAAUAAACUGAGAGUUGUCUGCAUGAGUGACACGCACUCGUUGACACCUUUCAUAAAAUUUGACAUUCCACCUGGUGACAUAUUUAUCCACGCUGGGGAUUUUACUAAAUGUGGGAGCUUGCAAGAAGUCAUUGAAUUUAACAACUGGAUUGGUAAUUUGCCACACAAGCACAAGAUAGUGAUUGCAGGCAACCAUGAGUUGAGUUUCGACUCGACAUUCACCCACCCGUUCACUCCAAAAAAUGUCGGAGACCGUCACAAACACACCGGAACGAGUAUUUUAGAUGACAUACCCACUCUAGGAAUGUCCAAAGACACGCUCGCUGAAGCUAUCCAGACAAAAAAUGUAAAAGAUUAUCUGACUAAUUGUGUCUAUUUAGAAGAUUCUGAAAUAGUUUUGUACGGGAUUAAAAUUUACGGAACUCCUUGGCAACCAGAAUUUUGCAAGUGGGCGUUUAAUGUCCCGAGAGGGACUCCGUGUUUAUCUAAAUGGGAUUUGAUACCCUCGGAUACGGAUAUUUUAAUAACACACACUCCCCCGAUAGGUCACGGUGAUUUAUGUUGCAGCGGAGUCAGGGCUGGAUGUGUUGAAUUACUCACCAGCGUCCAAAAGCGGAUUCAACCAAAGUAUCAUGUCUUUGGACAUAUACACGAAGGGUACGGUAUCUCGUCGGAUGGAAAAAUAAUUUACAUAAACGCUUCGACGUGUGAUCUAAAUUAUUUGCCGAGCAAUCCACCAAUUGUCUUUGACAUAACGCUACCCCCAGGGGUAGAAAAAACGUCCGAUUAGUUGUUAAUUGAUUUAACAGGGUACUUAUUGAUAAAUAUAGUAGUCUAAAAGCAAUUAAUCAAUUGAAAUGACCAAAUGGAGUGUAAAAUAUUUUUUAGAGUGCCAAGAACAAAGACUGGGACUCUUGGUGAUAAUUUUAAUAUUUUUAUUUAAUUAUUUAUAUUUAUAUUUAAGCUUGCUGUGAUUAUUUUAAGGAUUGCUUGAGCACAAGGAUUUUAAUAGGAUAGUUAUUUAUUUAUUUAAAAAAAAAACGUAAUUAAGUAGUUAUUAUUUAUAAUAAAACAAUUGUAUUUAGUAAUGUACAACAUAUUUAUUGUGUUGUUUUAUAUUUAUUAUAUCAGUUUAAAAAAGUCGGGUUUAAAGUAAAAAAAAUGAAACGAAAUAAUGCCACUGGUUAAAAUUGUAUUGCCUAUCUUUGUACUUUAUACCUUUUAAGAGUAAAAUUAUAAUAAAAUAAAAAAAAAUAACUCAAUUAAACAGUUAUAAUAAUAAUAAUAAAAAAAAAAAAUUUUGAUCUUUUAGACGAAUUUGUUUUCGAGUCAAAUAUUAUUAUGCUGAUUUAAGUAAGAAACCGUUUAGGGAUGAGAUAAAUGAUUUUUAAUUAAUUAAAGUCAGUCAGAUCGUUAAAUUAAAAAAUGAAGCGGGUAAAAAAUGAGUAAUGGAAAAACAAUAAUCUUAAACUAUAUGUUACUCAAAGUACUGUUAAUUUAUCAUAUCACAAUGAUUAUUAUAAGAUCUUAUGGGUUUACAGUUGAUUUGUUUUUAAUAAUUGAAAAAUAAACUAUAAAUCAAA